AUGCCUGCGGUAUUCUCAAGGCCAAGCGCUAUGCCCGCGAUUCCCGCCGACAUCUACAUCGAAAUCGCAUCGUAUCUCCACGCCCGUGAUCAGAGCACUCUGCUCUCCUCCUGCUGGACUGUGCACGACAUCAUCGCCCCCAUUCUUUACCGCCGCUUGGACCUGUGGAUUCAGCCUGUAACGUGGGACACGGCCGACGGGCUCGAUCACUCCCCGCUCAGGCUCUUGGCUACGUUGGCGGUAUCAGGACGCUAUGCGAAGAUACCUGGAUCGACCCGCUGCUACGCGCGCUACGUGCAUGCCUUUGCCUACGCUUCCUACAACACACAUGUAGAUCUCUGCGCCGUCCCCCUGAUGGCAGAGUUUCUGCGCUUCGCCAUCCGCCUGCGUCACCUGCGCGUUGACGUUGUAUCUGCCUCUAUUCCCCUCGUACUGGACCAGUUCCGCCGAUCAUCCAUCAUCUGCGCUCCUCCCCCCUCCUUCGCGUCCAUGUACGUGACGGCGUCCUCCAUCAGCCCCUGGAUUCUCCCCUUCCUCGAAAGUGUUCGUUCGAACAAAGCAACUCUCGUCGAAUCCCUCAUGCGCUACCGUGGUAUCCGUACGGCGAUAGUCGACGGAUUGCUGGCCACAUCGGAUAUGGACUCCCUAUUAUCAAUGUUGUCGCCCCUUCGCUGGAGCCAUCUCGUGAGACUGUCGCUCAGCAUAUCCGAUCCCGCGACGUACCAGAACGUCUUGCACGCAGCGUCCAUAUGCUUCCCGUGUUUGGAGGACCUCUCCGUUGGGACCAGCUCGAGGCUGGCGGAUAAGAUAUUCAAUCCUUUCAAGUUCGUGUUAGGGGGACACCCGGCAGGCAGUCUCGUUACGUCGAAGUUACGCGGGGUAGGCGUCAACUACGCUGGCUACGGGGACGAAUAUACCCAGACCCUCCAAGACGCUAAACAGUUGGUUGCGGAUGCAGGAGAACGAUGGCUUUCGUUGAGAAUGGUCAUCCUGGGUGACGCUAUGUGGAGCAGGGAUGAUGAUUUCAUGCCUUGGGAGUUCAAGGUCGGUAUCCCGCCAACAGUCUGGCAAUGGCUGUACAACCCCGGUAGUCAGGCACAGAGCGUCCUCAAGCUAUACUUCGAUCGCCCAUACGGUCCGGAAUCGAUUGCAAUCAUCGGGCUUGGCAUGCUGCCCGACUGGCCCGCCCUCGACAUUGCGUCAGCGACGUUUCGACGGGUGCUACAAAGCUCAUUCUCGAUAACGCCAGGCAUGCAAUCACGGCUCGCUACAUUCGAGCUCUUCGUCCUCGGUUCUGAGGUCGCCGUGGUCGAUGCUCUCUUCGACGCUUGGACGCCCGACUUGGUCAUGAAAUUGCGGCCACUAAGCUCGUCUAUGCUGCUCGCCGUCGAGGCUUACCGGUCCCGUCGCUGGAACAUCGAUUCUUUUCUUGAGCAUUGGUUUACCGAGCCGCAACAGUUCAUCAAAACGCUCAAAAGCUGCGAUGGACUCGUAUCUGGAUCGGAAGCCCAGCAAUUCUUUGCGCGAUGCGAGUUCCGCGGCCGCGACCUGGACAUCUACGUCCCAUUUCACGGGCUUCUUGAAAUGGGACGGUGGUUGAAGGGUCAGGGAUUCAUCUUCCAGGCAUCUGCCGACAAGCAUCCGCUCUUCGACGCUGCCGCUUUGAUGUUCACGUCCCAUGCGGGGCGCACGUCAGUGGGUCCGCCGCCCCCGUUCCCAGGCAAGCCUCUCGUUUUCAGUGCUUUCAACUUUGUCCGGUUUUGCAACUGGAACAGUCAUCACCCGCUAUCGCCGCCCGGCAGACACGCCCAAGUCAUCGCCGUUCCCGACACCCCUGUGAACUUCAUCAUCAACAAUUUUCAUUCCACGGGCGUCAUGAACUACUUCACUGCCACUCAUGCCGUCUCCUUCUUCCCGCGCACAACGUUCGUGUCCCGUAAGACGCUCGUCUGCCAGGAUACGACUCGCAACGCAUUCGUGCAUCACAACUGGAUGAAGAAGUACCGGAAACGUGGAUUCGAGGUCGUUGUGGCCGGAGACAAAUUGCCGGAUUCGCUGGAGCUACGCACCUGGCAUCGUCGGGUCGGCGACGGGCUGAUGUGGACGCUUCCUUUUACAGCCUUCACGCUACCCCCGACGGAUACCACAUCACCGCUCGAUCAAGUUCAGCAAAUCCCUUUCGAGGUGCUUCCGUACCACUUCGAGGUGGCAGCUGCUGGAGCGGCAUUACGGAUCGGCCCGCGUUUUGUGUACAGCUCGAUGUCCGUGGUCGCCGAUCCCUACACACAGCUAGGAUCCUUCUACCACUCGGCCGAGGUCGCCGCCGCAUUCGAUCAGUACUACGAGGACGACAUGGUAAUGGUCGAGGAGGGGGAGCUGACGGACGACGAAGAUGCGGAAACCCAGGACGAUACAGACACAGGCGAGGAUGGGGGCGCGGGCGAGGGAGUGACCCAGGAGGAAGACGAAGACGACGUGAAUGUAGAGGAUGAAGAUGAGGGGACUAUGGAUGAGAACGUAAGUGCAGAGGACAAUCAUCCUGAAGACGACGUGGAUAGUGAGGAGGGAGAGGAAGACACCGGCGAUGACGUUGAGGAGAGCGAGGGCAAAAUAGCAGCCGGAGGACAAGCUGUACUACUGGGGGAAUCUCAUUGCAUACGAGAGGUUGAAGAAUUGCAACACGUUCCAUGUCUACAAAACCCCAACCGGAUGAUCCCCGACAAGCUCGUCUCAAGACCCACGAGGGCGGUUGAAUUGUUCGCGAGGUACGGGGAAAUGUCCCAGCGGCACCAGUGCAGCAUCCUGCCAGACUAG